UAGAAACAGUAUAGAGAGCUUGUAGUCCAGCAGCUCUGUCUUGAGGAAGUGAGGAUCUGCGAACUCUCAUUUCAAACUCAUCAUUAUGAGUGAGAGACAAGGUGCUGGAGCAACAAACGGAAAAGGCAAGGCCCCUAAUGAAAAUGAUGCACAAAAGAAGGUUCCAGAGGAUUUUGACAUAGACAUGGAUGCACCAGAGACAGAGAAAGCUGCCGUGGCGAUACAAUCUCAAUUCAGAAAAUUCCAGGAGAAAAAGGCUGGCUCUCAGUCUUAGUCUCUACCUCAUAGUUUCCCCCAUUAAACACUAUCUAGUCUAUCUGGA